AUGGACGACUUGAUUCCGAAUCUGCGAGACGAGCGUGUGCAGGGCGCCGUUAAGAAUCUUCUAGUAUACAGCAUCGUCAUUCUGUUGGUUCCUCUUGGGUCAAUGUUUUUCCUGAAGCGGUUCUUGUUUGAAGUUCUUUUCGGCUAUUCGUCAGAUGAUGCGCUAACAUACUCCGCUGUCAUAGCUGUUAUCCUCGUGCAUGUGGUUCUUUGUUUUUGGCUUUUCACAGCAAGUAAAGAGGAAGACAAGCGAACAAUAAGGAAGCAAGAUUAA